AAACAAUAUGGCCAGUGUAAAGUAUUGUUAGAUACCUUAUACUCAUAACUGACUUUUCUGUUGUUAGCGUCAACAACAGCUAGAGAAAGCACAACAACUUAUGGAGUUUGCUCAGUUGAGGUAAAACGAUAUAAAAAAAAAACGAAGGAUGUAUUUAUUCUAUUUCUAGUGAAAAGGAUAGCAUAAGGCUAUUAAAGGCUUCCAACUGGGAUAUCAACUUUGCACUAAACAACCUCUAUGAAAGACAGUUCGCUCAACAAACCAACAAUACACAACCAACAAAAAAUUAUACCCAACAAAUUAAAGCUAUCUUUGAUAAAUAUAAAGACAAUGAAAAACCUGAUACGAUUAAUGUGGAUGGAACAAUGGAAUUAUGUCAGGAUCUCGAUAUUGAGCCUACACAACUUGAAUUCUUAUUGCUUUCGCAGCAAUUAGGCUCAGAAAGAAUGGGCGAAUUCCAAAGAGAAGCAUUUAUUCGAGGCUGCCUUACGCUCCAAGUAGAUUCGAUUGAUAAAUUAAAGAACGAAUUAAACAUUACAUUAAAGCAACGGUUUGAAACACAAGAGGGAUUCAGAAAGGUUUAUAACUAUGCUUUUUUGAUUGGUAGACAAACAGGUCAAAAAAGUUUAUCCUUGGAAGCUGCUAUAGAACUAUGGCGAUUGCUGUUGACUGGGAAAUAUAGUUUAUUAGAAGAUUGGAUCCAUUUUUUGCAGGAAAAGCACAGAAAAGCUAUUUCUCGCGAUACUUGGAAUCUGUUUUUGGACUUUGCUGAUCAGACAGAAAUAGACUUGGAGCAUUAUGAUUCAGAAGGUGCAUGGCCUAUUUUAAUUGAUGAGUUUGUAGAAUACAAGAAACAACAAUGAUUAUCCAAAAGUGCUUUCACCAGCAUAUCUAGUUUUAUAUGAGUUUUAUAAACACUCGUAAGGAGAUACUUGCGAAAUGUAUAAAUAACCAUCUUGAUCUUUGUAUUUUUCAUACACACUGCCCAUGGUGUCUACAUUUAUUAAUGUUUUCUAAACCUAAACGCUUUAUUUUACCUGAGGCAAUGGGCAGUACAGUGUUAUUGAUGAAAACAAAUAAUGCUUGAUCAUGACCAAUGUUUGUCUUUUGUCGAAUGACAAAUACAAAUUGUCCCAAUGUAAAGUCUUUUGGGACAAGGAAUUUUCUUUUUUCAUCAGUGGUACAUGGUUGUUAUGUGCUCUCACAAAUAACGGGGAUACGAUCUGCAAACUUUGCUUUAAUACGAGCAGCUUCUUUCGUUCUACGGUCUUUCACAAC